AUGUCGGUAAGAGAAGGAUCCUGGCAAUUGUCCAAAGACAACAUGUCCGAAGACAACAAGAGCAUCCUUAACUGGGUUGACCCAAAGGACAAGUCUGGCGAGUUCAAACGACAGUCUUCUGUAUUUCGAAACUGGAUCGGUUCCGAUGACUUCCCGGCGGAGAAGGAUCGGUAUCAUCUAUCCCACAGAGCCCUGAUCGUCCGCAAGCUCAAAGGCCUCGAAGACAUCAUUCCAUUCACAUCCGUCCACUGGCACAUGGGCGAGAAGGGCUGGCGCUUCGCAACCAAGGACGAGAACGCACCAGGCGCCAACACGACUCCGGAUCCAGUGCAUGAUAACUACACGCACCUGCGCGACAUCUACUUCGAGAACAACAAGGACUACGGCGGCCGCUUCACCGUUCCGACGUUGUACGACAAGAAGCAGAAGGUGAUUGUCAACAACGAGUCCAGCGAGAUCAUUCGCAUGUUCUACCGGGCCUUUGACGGGAUUCUGCCGGAGAAGUUCAAGAGUGUGGAUCUGCUGCCAAAGGACUUGGAGGCUCAGAUUGAUGAGACUAACGAGUGGACUUAUAACGAUGUCAAUAACGGUGUCUACAAGAGUGGCUUCGCUACAACUCAGGAAGCGUACGAGAAGGCCGUCAAGACCUUGUUCAAGUCGCUCGACCAAGCCGAAGCCGACCUUGCCAAGUCCUCCGGUCCAUACUACCACGGCGACAGGCUUACAGAGGCAGACGUGAGACUGUACACCACCGUUAUCCGAUUCGAUCCAGUAUACGUCCAGCACUUCAAGUGCAAUAUCCGUGACAUCCGAAGCGGCUACCCAGCUAUCCACAACUGGGUGCGCAACCUCUACUGGAAUGAGGACGCCUUCGGCAGCACGACAGAGUUCACGCACAUCAAGAACCACUACACCAAGAGCCACAAGCAGAUCAACCAGUUCGCCAUCACGCCCGUGGGCCCGAUUCCGAACAUCCUGCCGCUUGACGAGGAGGUACCUGCUGCGAAGGCGGCGGCCGGUAGGUAG